UGUCGCCGCAGCCGGCUCCGGCGUGAAGCACGAGUCAGAGCGGCUCAGUUGCCUGGGCUCUGCUGACCAGCACGAAAACAGCUCAAACUCUUCUUUCUGCUGACGGCACGUUUUAGGUAAAGCCGUGAGAAAGAAGAAAUUGGGGCCAGAGAGAGAAGGGAGGAGAAUCAGAUCCCAGAUCUUUGGGGAGAAGGAGCUGUAAGGUGCAAGCCCCCUCCACCAUAGCCCAUCAGGUGGAAAGAGCAGGCCAGGAUGAGCCAGAGCCCACAAGCCUCUUAGCAGAACAGCCCAAACAGGCUGGUGCCGCCCACCAGCCGAAGGUCUUGCCUCAGCUGCCCAGGGGAUGUGGUCGUGAAGCAGAAUCUGCAGACCCUCCUGGAAGAGGUCUCCCAGGGCCAUGGCCCAGGUCAGCAUCAACAGUGACCCUGGCGAGUGGGGCUUCAGCACAGACCCUGGGGAGCGGGCCCGUCUGCUGCAGAGUCCUUGUGUGGACACAAACCCCAAGAGUGAGGGGGAGGCCUCCCCUGAAGGUCUGAGCAGAGGCACCACUUCUACAUUUGGGGCCAUCUUCAUCGUAGUCAAUGCCUGCCUGGGUGCAGGGUUACUCAACUUCCCAGCAGCCUUCAGCACUGCCGGGGGCGUGGCAGCCGGCAUCAUGCUGCAGAUGGGCAUGCUGGUUUUCAUCAUCAGUGGCCUCGUCAUCCUGGCCUACUGCUCCCAGGCCAGCAAUGAGCGGACCUACCAGGAGGUGGUGUGGGCAGUGUGUGGCAAGCUGACGGGCGUGCUGUGUGAGGUGUCCAUUGCCAUCUACACGUUCGGCACCUGCAUCGCCUUCCUCAUCAUCAUCGGGGACCAGCAGGACAAGAUUAUAGCUGUGAUGGCAAAGGACCCUGAGGGUGCUGGUGGCAGCCCCUGGUACACAGACCGAAAGUUCACCAUCAGCCUCACUGCCUUCCUCUUCAUCCUGCCCCUUUCCAUCCCCAGGGAGAUCGGCUUCCAGAAAUAUGCCAGCUUCCUGAGCGUGGUGGGCACCUGGUAUGUCACUGCCAUCGUUAUCAUCAAAUACUUCUGGCCAGAUAAAGAGAUGACCCCAGGGGACAUCCUAACCAGGCCAGCCUCCUGGAUAGCCAUGUUCAAUGCCAUGCCCACCAUCUGCUUUGGAUUUCAGUGCCACGUGAGCAGUGUGCCUAUCUUCAACAGCAUGCAGCGCCCCGAGGUGAAGACCUGGGGCGGGGUGGUGACAGCCGCCAUGGUCAUCGCCCUCGCUGUCUACAUGGGCACAGGCAUCUGUGGCUUCCUGACCUUUGGAGCGUCUGUGGACCCUGACGUGCUCCUGUCCUAUCCCUCCAAUGACAUGGCGGUGGCUGUGGCCCGGGCCUUCAUCAUCCUGAGUGUGCUCACCUCCUACUCCAUCCUGCACUUCUGUGGGCGGGCGGUGGUCGAGGGCCUGUGGCUGCGCUACCAGGGGCUGCCAGUGGAGGAGGACGUGGGGCGGGAGCGGCGGCGGCGAGUGCUGCAGACGCUGGUCUGGUUCCUGCUCACCCUGCUCCUGGCGCUCUUCAUCCCUGACAUCGGCAAGGUCAUCUCGGUCAUCGGAGGCCUGGCCGCCUGCUUCAUCUUUGUCUUCCCAGGGCUGUGUCUCAUUCAAGCCAAACUCUCUGAGAUGGAAGAAGUCAAGCCAGUCAGCUGGUGGGUGCUGGUCUUUUACGGAGUGCUCUUGGUCACCCUGGGAGCCUUCAUCUUCGGCCAGACCACAGCCAAUGCCAUCUUUGUGGAUCUCUUGGCAUAACCAGUGCCUCCCAGGGAACACACAGCCUUUGCCACUGGACACAGGAACCCAUCUCGUACUGCUGCAGGGCCACCCUGAGGACGGCAUCAUUCACCUCUACACCCGACAUCAUUUUCCAGGGACGGAUCUGGGAUGAAAUGAGGCUCCACACCUCUGGACAGCUCAAACCCAGCUCCCUUCCUGCUCCACUGUCCUGGCAGUGACGUGGAUGGUAGGAGGUCUCGCAUCACAAAGCAACCUUCCCCCACUCCUCCAGCUCUCAACUUCUCCAUGCCUAGCACCCAUCGGUGAAGAGGGUCAGAAGAAAGGAUGCAGCCUAACCUCCCUCUGGAGAAGGAAUGUGGGCAAAAGGCCACCAUCGUCCCCAGAGCAGCCAGUCCUGAGUAGGGGUGCGCCUCAUUAGCCCAGGACUCACGCAGCGCCCGCUCUGGUCUCUUGGCGGACCAGCCAGCAGAGGCUUCCUCUGGGAUCUGACAAGUUCCAGCCGUAGCACUGAAUUCACAUAGAUGCGCAGAGGCGGAGAGAUUCAUGCCUUGUCCACUCCCUCCUGGGCCCACAGGGAGCCUAUCUCCCGCUUUCCCAUGGCUGAUUGACAUUUCCCAAGCCUCUGGGGCCUCGCCCUGUGUCAUUACCCAAACCCAGGUGUCCUCCUCCAUCCCCAGACAUCCCCAAGUCUAAUGUUUACAAACGGUGCCAGCCCGGCUCAGCCAGGGGCCAGGGGCGUCCCGUGCCACGGUGCUGUGAGUACUCUGCCGUUCGCUUUCCCCGAGCCGGGGAGUCUGUCUUCUCUCUCAGACCCCAGGUGGGCCCCUCUGUUCAGAGGCACAAGGGUGGGUGGUGGACAAGCCUGGGACCCUUGCAGACCUGUGCAGGCUGGGCUGGUGACGAUCAAGGUGAACCUGUCAUCUUUUCUUCCAAUGAUUGCUUCUCUUCUCUCUGCCCUUCACUCCCACACACACCCCCACCCGCCCUACCCAGCGCGGUAGCCCAGAGAUAAGAAAGGCAGCUGAGAGGUGGCUGGUUAGCUCAGUUGGUUGGAGCGUGGUGUUGCCGGUUCGAUCCCCACAUGGGCCACUGUGAGCUGCGCCCUCCUUAAAAGAAGAAAAGAAAGGCAACUGAGUUGUCCUUGACUGGGUAGCAUCUGACUGCAGGCAUGCCAGCCUGGAAGUUUCCCUUCCAAUCGGGAUCUUGUCUGCUCCUCCCCCACCCCACCACCUCACCCCGCCUCCAUCCCAUUUUUCUGAGCAGCUCAACCUCCUGCUCACAUAAGUAUUGGGGCGGUGUGAGGCCAUGCAAAACCCUGUCAUCCACUUACGCCCCACUUUCCCACCAGGCCUGGCCCUGGUGGCCCAUCAGUCACCUUGAGGUCACAUCUGGACUGUGCCCCAGGCAGGGUGAGGAGGAACUAUUCUCUCGCUCCAUAUUCCUGUUUUGAACACCUCGGCCGCCCACUUUGGCCAACACCCGGCACCGAAUCAGGCUUCCUCUCUCUGAAACCUCCGGCAUUUCCCUGACCCCUCCUGCCCAAAACCUCAGGUGGCAGGAGGACCCGCCCAGCAGCCAGCCACUCGGGCAGUCAGAGCAGAAGCCGAGGCUGGCUGGAGGCCGAUAGGCUCCUGCUCAGUCCCCACAUGGGGUGAGCUGCCUUGCCUCACAUCCUCAGUCCCUGGGGCCAGCGCACUCUGCUGUUUGCUCUCUGCCUGCUGCACAGCACCCAUGCCUGACGAGGUUAGGAGGACGGCCCGGUCAGCAGGGCUGCACAGCCUCCUAAUGCUGGAUUUCGGGGUGGGGGCAGCUGAGGGAGUCCUUGCCCAGAACCCAACCAGCCGGGACCAGGAGCUGGAAUCCACUUGGCCUAACCUCGAGCCCCCUCUCCUUCCCGGGGCAUUUUACUGUUUCGUUUCUUCUUGUGCACAUUCAGACCAAGGAGGAUAGUUAAUAAAAAGGGGCUUGUGCUGCUGAA